AUGAACUCUCUUUUCAUAUUCACCGUCGUUAUUUUCCUCCUGUGUAUAAACCCCACCGGAGCAGCCACUUGUCAUCCAGACGACGAGGCGGGUCUUCUAGCUUUCAAAGCGGGUAUAACCCGAGAUCCGUCCGGUAUUCUCAGCACAUGGAAGAAAGGUACUGCUUGCUGCUCCUGGAACGGUAUCACUUGCCUCACCGGCGACCGCGUCACAGCACUCACUGUCGCCGGACAGUCCGAUAACGCCGGAAGCUUCCUCACCGGCACUCUCUCGCCGUCGCUAUCCAAGCUCCAACACCUCGAUGGGAUUUACUUCACCAAUCUCAAAAACAUCACCGGAUCUUUCCCUCAGUUCCUUUUCCAGUUACCACAGCUAAAAUACGUUUACAUCGAGAACAACCGUCUCUCCGGUCCUCUUCCGGUUAACAUUGGUUCGCUAAGCCAAUUAGAAGCGUUUAGUCUCGAAGGAAACCGGUUCACCGGUCCAAUCCCGAGUUCAAUUUCCAAUUUGACUCGGUUAUCUCAGCUCAAACUCGGCGGUAAUUUCUUAACCGGAACUAUCCAUUUAGGAAUUGCAAAUCUCAAGCUCAUGUCGUAUCUGAAUCUCGGCGGUAACCGUCUCUCCGGAACCAUCCCGGAUAUUUUCAAAUCCAUGACGGAGCUCCGAUCUCUCACUCUCUCCCGUAACCGAUUCUCCGGGAAUAUUCCUCCGUCGAUUGCAUCCCUCGCACCGAUUCUCAGGUUCCUGGAAUUGGGCAACAACAAUCUCUCCGGCACGAUCCCAAGCUAUUUAUCGAGAUUCAAAGCGCUCGACACAUUGGAUCUCUCCCGGAAUCGAUUCUCCGGCGUCGUGCCGAAAAGUUUCGCGAAUCUCACCAAAAUUUUCAAUCUCGAUCUCUCACACAAUCUCCUAACGGAUCCGUUUCCCGUACUUUUCGUGAAAGGAAUCGAAUCUCUGGAUCUAUCGUACAAUCAGUUUCACCUGAAAACGAUUCCGACUUGGGUGACGUCGUCGCCGAUCAUCUUCUCGUUGAAGCUGGCGAAAUGCGGGAUCAAGAUGAGCUUAGACAAUUGGAAGCCGGCGCAAACUUACUACUACGAUUUCAUCGAUCUGUCGGAGAACGAGAUCUCAGGGAGUCCGGCAAGGUUUUUGAACCAGACGGAGUUUCUGGUGGAGUUCAAGGCGGCCGGGAACAAACUCCGAUUUGAUAUGGGGAAGCUGAAGUUCGCGAAGACGCUGAAAACUCUUGAUCUGUCAAGGAAUUUGGUGUUUGGGAAGGUGCCAGCGACGGUCGCUGGACUGCAGACAUUGAAUGUGAGUCAGAACCAUCUUUGCGGAAAGCUUCCGGCGACAAAGUUCCCGGCUAGUGCGUUCGCCGGCAACGAUUGUCUCUGCGGGUCUCCGCUUUCUCCUUGUAAAGCUUAG